ACCGGAGGCCGUGCUGGGCCGUGCUGGGCCGGGAUGCAGCGGGCGGCGGUGCGGGCGCUGCGCGGGAUGCGGGAUCCCCAUGUACGGGCGAUCUGUGCAGCCGCUGGGACCCCCCCGCGAGGGCUGCUCUAUGAGCGGCACGGGGAGCCAGAGGACGUCCUGCAGCUGAAGGAGCUGGAGCUACCUGCACUGGGACACUCAGAUGUCCUCAUUAAGAUGCUGGCAGCGCCCAUCAACCCGGCCGACAUCAACAUGAUCCAAGGCACCUAUGCCCUCCUGGCCCCGCUGCCGGCCGUGGCAGGCAAUGAAGGUGUUGGACGUGUGCUGGAGGUGGGCCCUGGUGUGAUGGCACUGCGUCCUGGGGACUGCAUCAUCCCUGCUGAUGCUGGGCUUGGGACGUGGCGGACACACGCGGUGCUCCCCGAGGACAACCUGCUGCGGGUGCCCAGCGACAUCCCAAUGCUGUGUGCUGCCACGCUCAGCAUCAACCCCUGCACGGCGUUCCGCAUGCUGACCGACUUCGAGAGCCUGGCACCGGGAGACUCCAUCAUCCAGAAUGCAGCCAACAGCGGCGUGGGGCAGGCUGUCAUCCAGAUUGCAAAGGCCAUGGGCAUCAGGACCAUUAAUGUGGUGAGGGACAGACCUGACCUUCCCCAGCUGAUGGAGCGGCUGCUGGCCUUGGGUGCAGACCGCAUCGUGACGGAGGAUGCAUUGAGGAAGCCGGAGAUGAAGGAGAUAUUUAAGAGCAUCCCAAAGCCCCGGCUUGCCCUGAACUGCGUUGGAGGCAGGAGCACAACGGAGAUGCUGCGGCACCUGCAACCCAAAGGGACCAUGGUGACCUAUGGAGGAAUGGCAAAGCAGCCUGUGACGGUGCCAGUGAGUGCCUUCAUCUUCAGGGACGUGAGGCUGCGCGGCUUCUGGAUGACCCAGUGGAAGAAGGACCAUGACAAGCAGAGCAUGGCCAGCAUGGUGGAUACCCUGUGCCAGAUGGUGCGGGAGGGACAGCUCAGCGCUCCUACCUGCACUACAGUCCCCCUGGAGGACUUCAAGAAGGCCCUGGCAGCCUCUAUGCAGCCCUUCACCUCCUCCAAGCAGAUCCUCCUGCUCUGACCUUGCAAAAAUUGUUAUUUUUUUUUCCUUUUUUUCUUAUUUCAGGUAUUAAAAGCCUCUGGAAUUUUACAGAGGCUGCACUGAACAGAGGCUGGGUUUGCUUCUGGAGGGAGACUUGGGUCCCAUUUUAGCUUUGUUGCAGCUGAAAGCCUGGGCUCUUCCCUCAGCCAUCUCAAGGGAAAGGAGCAGAUUGAAUUGCAAAACCACUAUUGAAGAUAUUAGUAUUAUUAUUCCUUUUUUUAUUGUUAAUUUUUCCCUACCUACAUUCAAUGCUGGGGCAUUCAUGCAGGCUGGAGUUAUGUGGGACAAUGUAGGUACAUUUUCUACCCCCUGGGCUCACCCCAACAAUGUGAUUUUGCCAAGCCCUGGACUUGAAUUCAGUUUUACUGCUGUUACUGAACCACCCCAACUUCUGAUGGUGGAACACGCAGGGAAACCUCUUGGAAAUCAAUGCCUUGAUAUAUCUAUUUUUGUAAGACUCUUUGCCAAUAAACAUUGAUGUGCUCAUUCUGUUGCUCCA